GUAAAAAAACAUGGGGAAAAAAUAAAACAACAAGUACCAAUUUUUAUAUAAAAAAGAAGAAAUGUUUGAAAUGAAAAAUUUUUUUUUUAUCGGAAUGCUGUUUUUUAGGACAUUCAUCUCUGGAGUAGAGUAUUCUAUUAUAUUGCCUACAGCACUUCUUUACAUGAAAAGAUUUAAUGUUAACAGUGUUUUUAUGGGAUUGGUUGUUUCUUUGUACCCAUUUGGUGCUAUUAUUUCAUUACCGAUAUUUGGAUACAUUUAUGAUAAAACAAAAAGAAUUAAAGAACUUUUGAUUGUUUUGAACUUAUUUCAGAUGGUUGGAAAUUUAUUAUAUGGGUUCAACUUUUCUAUAUGGUUUCCACUUGUAGGAAGAUUCAUUAGUGGGUUAGGUGAUGGUUCUAAUUCAUGUGUCUCAGGAGAAUUGACUUAUUUAUAUACUUCAAGUACCAGAUUGAAAAUUCUAUCUUUUCUAGAAAUAGGUCGUGUUUUUGGUUUUAUGUUAGGGCCUUCACUAAAUUUUGUUAUUGAAAAACAAAACUUUAGAUUAAAAGCUUGGACAUUAGAUAAAACUACCCUUCCAGGAAUCGUAAUGGCAUUUAUAUGGCUAUUAAAUGAACUCUUGACAUGUUGCUGCGUAUAUAAUAUUAGAAAAGAAAUAGAAGAAAACUUGAAAUCUUUACAGAAAGAUACUCAGAAAAUAAGUGCUGCGACUAAAACGUUGGAGAAACUUGAAGAGUUCAACUCUAACAAUUGCUUUGAAUCAGAGACCGAAAGUGAAUUAACUUCAUCAAGCCGUUUAUUGUCAGAUCACUUUCAAGAAUUAUUAUUAAAUAAUGACCAAAAGAAAAUGAAAGAUUAUCCCCAAAAAACCUCUUUUUAUGAAUAUUGGUUCAAAACUACCAAAGCAGUCUUUUCUAUUGAGUUUUUUGUUAUUUUUUUUGUUGAAUUACUACUUUGGAUGAUUCAAACUCAAUUUGAAUUGCUUUUACCUUACAUAACUGAGUUCAAAUAUAACUGGAGUCCAUCAGCAGCAAGUUUGGUAUACGUUGGCGGUGGGUGUAUUAUUUUGAUAGUAUUUAUUGUAACUAUCUUUCUAUCAAAAAAAAUUGUUAUACAAGAGUUUUACCUUGUAUUACUUGCUUUAAUAUUAACUUCCGCAUCAACAGGAUUAGUUAUAUUAGAAAGCGUUACUCGGCAACUUAACUCAAAAGUUAUUAUUUUUAUUGUUAUAAGCUCACUUAUUUUUAUAGCAAUACCGUUUAACCUAGUUUCAACAAAAAGCCUUAUUAUGAAAAUGUUUCCAGCCGAAAAUCAAGGUAUUAUUCAAGGGAUUUUUUCAACGUCUACACGUAUAGCUAUGAUCGGAGGACCUAUAACAAUGAGUUUUGUUUUAGAAAAUCAUCAACUUUAUGGAAUAGUGUCAUUAGUGAUUUGUUUUAUAGCUAUACUCAGUCUUUCUUGCUUAAAAAAUAGAAUUAAAAAUAUAAUCCAAAUAAACGAAAAACAAACUUGAAGGUGGAGAUCAGAUAGACAUCGUGUUAAACUCAUAGGUUGUUUAAAUGCAACAUAUAAUAGAUAAAAUA